CGAGAACAAGGUUGAUUUCGCCCAUGCAUCAGACCAUCCGCACCACGACGAGGCGAGAUGAUCGAACCGGCGGCUCAUUCAACUUAUGGCUUUCUGAGCGGCGUCUUCGUCGAGCAACGCAAAAUGAGCUUCAAGGGGGAAGGCCUGAAGCACCACUGCCUGACAUUUUUCCACGGCUCCGUGGUCACUUACUAUGCCCUCGUGGACUUUCACAUGGCCCUGGCCAACUACGAAAUUUAUCAGACCGACCACCCCGUCACAAAGAUGUGGCUCGGAGGCGCCACCCAGUUUUACACAACUUGGAAUCAGGUGUUCCAUCAACUCUACUUUGUUCUCAGUCUGAUUCAAGACAUCCUGACCUACUCAACAAACAAUGAACACAUCAAGUUCUGCUCGUGGUUCGACUCGAUUAAAUACAAAUUCUUCAUACCCAUAAUGCUCCCCUCGACCUUUAUGACGACGAUAAACUUUUGGAGCAUUUACUGGAUCGCCCCGCACCUGAUGUUGGCCGAUUUGAUAGAAUUCAUCCCGCCGUGGCUGAACCACGCGGUGCACACUUUUGUCACCCCGAUCAUAAUUGCAGAAUUUAUAAUCACCUCGCACGGAAUUCCGAGUUGGUGGAAAGGUUUCAAAUACGUCACGAUCUUGAUGGCCGCCUAUGCUGGAUGGAUUUACCCCUUGGGAUAUUUCCUAGGACAGUGGCCAUAUCCGUUCCUCGAAGUUUUCAACUUGACGCAGCACAUUUUUUUCUGCCCUACCAUGUUCAUUCACGGCUACUUCUGGUACAUCAUAUUUAGAUACGCGGAACAGCAUCUUUACGGCGAGUACUCGACAAGGAACUCACCUGAGAAGAAAGGAGCUUAAAGUCUGAACCCACUUUACAAAUUUUUACUCAAACAAAAUAUAAAAAUAUAAUUUUUUUAAGCUGUCAAUAUACUUCAAAUGCCGAUAUUAUAUUAAUAUAUUAAUCGCUGGUCGAAAUAAAAAUUUUAAUUAAAAUGGU